CACUUCUCAGUUUGACGUGUGCAACUGCACUUCCGGUGAUCUCAACGCUAGAAUGGCUGCAAUGUUUACGUGUUGUUUGGGCUGCUGCGGGGAUGGCGGACCGGGUCAUGCUCCUCUCAAAGAAAUGCCCACCGUACAGCUAGACACGCAUCAAAUGGGGACGGAUGUGGUCAUAGUGAAAAGUGGGAGGCGGAUCUGUGGAACUGGAGCCUGUCUCGCCAACGCCCCUCUACACCAGAACAAGAGCUACUUUGAGUUCAAAAUCCAGUCCACGGGUGUAUGGGGGAUUGGUGUGGCUACUCAGAAGGUGAAUCUGAACCAGGUGCCACUGGGUCGAGAUAGUCACAGCUUGGUGCUAAGAAACGAUGGCUCCAUAUACCACAACAAUGAGGAGAAGAACCGAUUACCUGCAAACAGUCUGCCUCAGGAGGGGGAUGUAGUGGGCCUGACAUAUGACCAUGUGGAAAUGAACCUGUACUUGAAUGGAAAGAACAUGCACUGUCCAGCCUCAGGUAUUCGAGGGACAGUGUUCCCUGUAGUUUAUGUGGAUGACAGUGCCAUCGUAGACUGCCAGUUCACUGAUUUCUACCAUACUCCUCCUGAAGGCUUUGAAAAGAUUCUGUUUGAACAGCAGAUCUUUUGAAUAUUCACCUACAGUAUGUGUGCAUACACGCAGAGUAAAGUGGACUGGUGUGUUGCUGCACAUCUCUUUCAAUGUUGAUUUUGCCUUUGCUGUUACUAAUGCUGCUCUUGUCUAUGGAAGACAAACCAGGCUUUUUUUCUGUGUGUGUGCGUGUAUGCACAAGUGACACAGAGAAUCUCUAAUCAAGAUAACACUUCACAUAAGGACCGAAGACACUUAUUUAUAUCUACUUUCUGUAAUGGGUGAUAAAGAUGUGUAUUGAUAAACUGAGCUUAUCUUUUUAUUUAAUGUCAGUGUACAGUGAUCAGCAGUUGAUCAGAUUUGUUAUUUUGUUGAUCUUUACUUGAUUUUAAUUAUUGUUGUUGAUUUAUCGUUGACUUUCUAUCUUUACGCACAUAUCAACUCUCUUGAAUGAAAGGUUGUAUUUGCAGAAACCAAACCUCCUGUUAAAAUAUAUGAUCAGAAACUGGUCUAUUGCAGUGAUUUCUGCUGAGUUUGUUACUGUCAUUGCCUUUUACCUGAACUUGGCAUGUGUUUCAUCAUUCCCUUUUCCUGCUGAUAAAGUGUUACCUACAAUAGCAGUUUACAGUAUUUUCCAAAUUGUAUUUUUUUCUCUACCUUGGUGAUCUUGUCUGUUGCACAUAAUAAUAACUAAGUGACUUAAGCUGGACAGGCUACAGAGUUUUAAAUACCCACCAAGACAUGAACUGAGGUGGGUAAUAUUUUACACUACAGAUUAGAGCUUGUUGGGCCAUUCUAAUUUCUUGUGAAAAUCCCUUUUUUAUUCUGUUAAACAUGGUCAAUCUUAAAAGGUAUAGAACGUACCACUCGGGCUCAUAUCUUACCAAAACCCUUCAUCCGUGUUGAACUAAAGGUUAGUCAUGAUCUACAUUUUGCAUUGAUAUUUUAUUGUUUGAAAAAUGUUUUGCUCCAUAAUAGUUUGACCAGUAGUAGAUGUAACAGCUAUUCUUUAACUAUUCAGUCUUUUUUUUUUUUUUUUUUGAAAAGGUGCUCUGAAAAGGACUUGUCUUUUUGUCCCCUACAAAAGCUUGAAUUCUGUCUGUACACUGUUUUACAGAACAUUCCACAAGUGCUGUAUUUAAUAAACUUCAGUAUUCUGUAUCUGCAUCAAA